AUGGUUGCCUCCUUGCUCCUCUAUCUCUUGAGCGUUGCUCUUCGAGCCUGGUGUCAAACAGUCGCUUUGCCUCCGCCUCCAGUGUCCACCAACGUCUUCAUCACUGCCUUUCCUCUAACAGACGCAUCUCGUGUUGACCCCUUUGCACCAUGCUGCAAUCAGCCUCGGCGCUUGAUGCUGUCUCUUUUCCAGCCAACCAACUGCACGACCACUCAAGGGAUUCCGUAUAUGCCGCCUGCUACCGCUGCUUUCCAUGAUGCUAUGUUCAGUUCGGUUGGUGUCCCCAACGGAACUUUUGAAGCAUUCCGCCUCGAAACAUGUCGUUUGCCACCAAAGAACACCAAUUUUCCACUGCUACUCUUUUCCACAGGAGCCGGAAGCUCUCGUCUGACCUAUAACGUCAUCUGCCAAUGGGUAGCCUCGAUGGGGUUCAACGUUAUCUCAAUCGAUCACACGUACGAUGCCCAAAUUGUCGAAUUUCCCGAUGGGACCGUCAUUCUGGGUGCCAACAUCACGCUGCCGGACGACCUGCCACAAGUUCUCUCACUUAGGGAUGCAGACAUAGGCUCCGUGCUCAACGCCUUGUCCAACUCAACGAUGACGAAGCAACUUGGCAUCCCGUCUUUCGAUAUCAAGCAUGUAGGAAUAUUUGGACACUCGCUGGGUGGCGCAACUGCUGCAAAUGCAAUGUUGACGAAGCCGAGACUUGCUAGCGGUCUGAACAUGGAUGGUGGUGUGUAUGGGCCCGCGAUGAAUCACACCGACAAGAAGCCGUUCACUAUAUUUGCAGCACAAGAGCAUAACCAAAGCACUGAUGCAACAUGGGUUGCUUUUUGGCAGGAGUUGAAAGGGUUGAAACUGCAACUACAAGUCAACGGUACUCAGCAUGGGACCUUCUCAGAUUACCCAAUCCUGGCCAAAAGCAUUGGGAUCAACUCAACUGUUCUUCCAGAGGUCGUGGAAUUGAUCGGGACCAUUGAUGGACUUAGGAUGAUGAAUAUCCUUCGCAGAUACGUCGCCGGAUUUUUUCAGGAGACUCUGAAGUCGCAAAAGGUCAGACUUCUCGAAGGACCGAGCUCGCAAUUUCCCGAGGUUGCAUUCGUCAACAUGUCGCUGAGCUCGUAG